UCACUGGUUCUGGUUCCAAAUGCUCCGGUUUAGCAGAAAGCUGUUAGUUCUCUGCUUACUGCUGACAUUUACUGUCCGUGUGACUGUGGAGAUUGGAUUUUUUUCUUAGGACCUGCUGACAUGCCGCUACUAAAGACCAUCAGGAGCGCCGAACUCCCAUGGAGGGUCUGGGAUAGAAAAGCCCAGAAAUCAGGCCUGAGAAGCACCGUGUACAGCGUCAAUGGAGACGAGUACACCGGAGAAUGGAUGAAUAACCUGAGGCAUGGCAAAGGCUCUUAUCUGUACAAGAAGGCCAACGCCAUCUACCAGGGAGACUGGAUAAAUGGAAAGAGAAACGGAUACGGGACGUAUGCCGUGAGAUCGCCCAGCACUGGAACGUACAUUCGAGUUUAUGCCGGCAACUGGGUGAAUGACAAAAAACAUGGAUAUGGGACUUACUACUAUUCAGAUGUUGAAUACUAUGAAGGCGGCUGGGAGUGCGGGAAAAGGAGCGCAUGGGGCAAGAUGAUAUACGCCAAUGGUGACAUCUAUGAUGGAGACUGGCACAAUGACAAGUACUGUGGACAAGGGAUACUUUUCUUAGCAAACAAGAAUCGUUAUGAAGGAUCCUGGAAAGAUGGAAGAAAGCAUGGAGCUGGGAAAUUCUACUACCUGGACAAGGGCAGAAUCUAUGAUGGAUAUUGGGUGAAAGAUAUCCCCAAGUGUGGGACUCUGGAGGACAUUGGCUGCACAGAAACUCCUAACACCAAGAAGCUUCUUAUUCCUGAGGUGAAAGUGGCUGAUCCCAAAAGUGUCUUUGAAGAAGCUAGAAGAGCGCUUCUCCAAAAGAGAAAAUGA